AUGGAUACUCACAAUGAUCUCAAUGAACAAAAGACUCUAGAGUCGGAUGUACUUAUAAUCGGUUCUGGUCCUAUUGGUGCUGUAUACGCCAGGACAAUUGCCGAUGCUGACAAGAAUAUUCAUGUGCUCAUGGUGGAUAUGGGGGAGCAAGGCACGAAGUUGAUCGGUGAUCACAAGAAAAAUAGUACUGUGGUACAGAGGGGUAGCGGCAGUUUCACCAGUCAAUCAAAAUCUGCAUCGUACAAUGGUAGUUCUGAGCAACUACACUUGAACAGUCUGCCAGCUGCUCCUGUCAUAAGAGAAGUUGGAGGCAUGGGCUCCUACUGGAGCUGUGCCACGCCCGAACAGCACCCGGCGGUUGAAAGGUCAGAUCUAUUCUCCGAUCAAGAGUGGAGAACAUUAUACAACCAGGCCAGAGCUCUUUUCCACACCACUGACACAGCAUUCUAUCAUUCAAUUCGCCAUAAUCUUGUCAAAAAUACUCUCGUCCGAGCACAUAAGAAUCGAGAGAUUGUGAACCUGCCUCUGGCAUGUCAGCGAGGUACACAUAACUUGGAGUAUUUACAAUGGACAGGCUCAGCCACAAUCCUGGGAGAUCUUGCAGAUCCAAAGUACAGCGGUGGGAACUUUGAAUUAAAGUCUCAGCAUCAAUGUACCAGGCUACUCAUGGAUAGGGCAUCUAAACAUAUCGUUGGAGCUGAGCUUACUAACCUACUAACAAGGGAGGUUAUAUUAGCCAAAGCAAGGAAGUACAUAAUCUGUGCUGGAGCUGUUCUUACUGCUGGAAUCCUUUUUAAUUCAGAAAUUCAACCAGAUAAGGACUAUCCAGCUUUAGGACGAUAUUUGACUGAGCAGACCACGGCUGUCGGCCAGGUUGUGCUAAAAGAUGGCAUAAUAAAGAAUGCUUGGAAUGAUCCACGGUGCAAAGAGCACUUUAGAACAUUCCCUGAUGAUCCUUUACAUAUCCCUUUUGAUGAUCCUUCCCCCCAGAUCACCAUCCCAGUUUCUGAGAAGCAUCCCUGGCACACACAGAUCCAACAAGAUCCAUUUCACUACAACUCUGCUCCAACUUCAACUGACCCGCGCCUCAUACUCGACUUACGCUGGUUUGGAUACGUCAAACCUGUCUAUGAUAACUAUGUGGAGUUCUCCUCAGAGAUCACCGACCUUUUCGGAAUGCCUCAACCAACGAUACACUAUCGUAUCGGGAAGGAGGACGCCGAACGCGCGGAAGCUAUGGUACAAGACAUGAUAAACAUUGCCGCGGAUCUUGGGAACUUUCUACCCGGUGGGAAGGCGAAGUUCCUCGCUCCAGGCGCUGCGACGCACAUUUGCGGGACGGCUCGCGCCGGGAAGGAAGAUGACGGACAUUCAAUAAUUGACAGGAACUCCAAGGUUUGGCGGCUGGAAAAUUUGUUCAUUGGUGGCUGUGGUGUGAUCCCUACCCAAAAUGCGUGUAAUCCAACCCUGACUGCGGCAUGCUUCGCCAUUGUUGGGGCAAGAAAGGUUGUCCAGGAAAUACAGGCGCUCAGAGGCCAACAGUAUCAGUCGAAACUCUAA